CCCUCGCGCCGCCCCACCACGGGGCGCGGAACCUUGCACAACCGAUCGGCGCCAUGCAUAAGGCGGGGCUGCUGCUGGGCGCCUGUGUCCGGUCUUGGAAGUCGGUGCGGAUGGCUAGCUCCGGAGUGGCGCGCCGGGACCCGCUCGCGAAUAAGGUGGCCCUAGUAACGGCCUCCACCGACGGGAUCGGCUUGGCGAUCGCUAGGCGGCUGGCCCAGGACGGGGCCCAUGUGGUGGUCAGCAGCCGGAAGCAGCAGAACGUGGACCAGGCAGUGGCAGCGCUGCAGGGGGAGGGGCUGAGCGUGUCUGGCACCGUGUGCCACGUGGGGAAGGCUGAGGACCGGGAGCGGCUGGUGACCACGGCCGUGAAGCUUCACGGGGGCAUCGACAUCCUGGUCUCCAACGCGGCCGUCAACCCUUUCUUUGGAAACCUCAUGGACGUCACCGAGGAGGUGUGGGACAAGAUUCUGGACAUUAAUGUGAAGGCCACAGCCCUGAUGACAAAGGCAGUGGUGCCAGAGAUGGAGAAACGAGGAGGCGGCUCAGUGGUGAUUGUGGCCUCCAUAGCAGCCUACACCCCGUUUCCUGGCUUGGGCCCUUACAAUGUCAGUAAAACAGCCUUGCUGGGCCUCGGCAAGAACCUGGCCAUAGAACUGGCCCAAAGUAACAUAAGGGUGAACUGCCUGGCGCCCGGAAUCAUCAAGACUAACUUCAGCCAAGUGUUGUGGAUGGACAAGGCAAGAGAGGAGGCCUUAAAAGAAGCCUUGCGGAUAAGAAGGUUAGGCACGCCAGAAGACUGUGCAGGCAUUGUGUCUUUCCUGUGCUCCGAAGAUGCCAGCUACAUCACUGGGGAAACAGUGACCGUGGCUGGAGGGGCCCCCUCCCGCCUCUGAGUACCUGGAGAGAGUCUACCAGGGCAGAGGUUGGGCUUCAGCCCCUAUCGGGUUCCAGCACUAAUCCACCAGCCUUUACCACCUCUAUCACACUGCUCACCUUUCCCCGCCCCCUAAAAUCAGCUACACCCUGUGACAAGAUCCAGCCUUCCCUGCCAUCGAGGUUUGGUCUUCUGAGGAUUCCUGUUGUUGCUGUAGCCUUGGAUAAAGACUUCCCCUGAGGACACAGGAUAGGCCUGCUGAGUAGGCUGAGUCUACGUUGGCAAAAAAUAUACUUUUUUAUUUCCUGGCAGGGGGCAAUUUGAGGGAGUUGGGAGAGAAGGGCCUGGAGUUGAAGGAAGGGCUGGGAAGGUUGAAAAUUAAUUUGCAAAUGAGGUGCCAAUAAAAUGCAGAUGAUCGUGUUGCUUUAA